UUGCUAAAUUUGUAUUAAACUUGUUAAAUUGCUUAAUUGAUUAAGUAAUUAAUUAAUUAAUUGGUUAUGAUAAAUCAUCGAUUUCCAAAUAAGAAAUCCAUAUUAUAUAAAAUUCAUAUACUCUAUUAGAAAUGAAGUUCUACGAUAGAAUUAAGGCAAAAAUCAUCGAGAAAAUUGAAGCAUAUAGCCAACUAAAGUAUAUCUUUGUGGCUGAAGAGGGAGUUGUAUUUUCUGUUGAAGUUGAUUCCGGUGUAGUCUUUUCUGUUGAAGUCGAUCUCGUUGUAGUCUUUACUGUUGAAGUCAAUCUUGUUGUAAUCUUUUCUGUUGAAGUUGAUUCUGGUGUAGUCUUUUCUGUUGAAGUCAAUCUUGUUGUAGUCUUUUCUGUUGAAGUUGAUUCUGGUGUAGUCUUUACUGUUGAAGUCAAUCUUGUUGUAGUCUUUUCUGUUGAAGUUGAUUCCGGUGUAGUCUUUACUGUUGAAGUCAAUCUUGUUGUAGUCUUUUCUGUUGAAGUUGGAUUUUUUGAAGUUGAUCCUAUUGAAAUUAUAAUUGUAAUUACACUUUCUUGUAUUUAA